GCUGUUUCUCAGUCAGGACAGUGAAAUGGUGGCUGCUUAUACAAAAACUGCAGCAACACCUUUAGGAACUGAGCAGCUAGAGACGUAUUACUGAAUCCAACAAGACUGAAAGACUUUGGGACCAAAGCCCAAGGAUCAGACCUUCCUAUGGCAGACAAACAACAGAUCAAAGUGACUGCAGUCAAAGUGCUGGGCUAUGUGGAGAAGAUCUCGUCCUUUGCCGCCUCCAUCGAUCCUCUCUUUGGGAUCGUAACCUCUGUAGUUGGGGUGGUUAGGAAAGGCCUAGUGGAUGAGGAGGACAAUGAACUGGACAAGGACUUCAAGCAGAUCCAUGAUAAGCUGGAAAACAUCUCUGAGAAGAACAAGCAGACCCUUCGACAGAUCCACAUUGACGAAAUCAACGAGACGUUUGGGAAAUAUGAGGAGUUCAUCAAGCAUCAGUAUGGAGCUUUCAACACCAUGGUGGAAAGAGUAAAGCUAGAUCCUGAGAACUCUGAUCGUCACAUGGAGGAGUUUGUGAAGAUCUAUGAGAGGGACAAGAGUGACUUGAGCUUAGAUGUUUAUUAUCGUGGUGUGAUUGGCAUUGGUGCUCUUUUUGGGAGGCCCAUGUUGAAGGUGUUCCUGGAACACUGCAACAAGAAUAGACAGGUGAUGGAGGCCAGGUGCUCUCACCUGGCUCACUUGUUCUACAUUGGUCUCAUGGCACUGAUGGCUUACACCUCUGUCACCGAAGAUGACGAGGAUGAAGUGAGAGACAAAUGGGCCCAAAGGGUCAUUGAUAUUCAAGCCAAGAUGCAAGAAGCUCUUGACCAAUGUACAUAGAUAACUGAAGGCGACAUGUUGCACUAAAAGAUUGCAGAGACAAAUUCCAGAUUCUGAAAUUUUGAAUCCGGAAGCAUACACUACCGGUCAAAAGUUUUGAAACGUACUCCUUCUUUAUUAUAAUUUUUCCUCAUUUUAGAAUAAUAGUAAAUUAAUCAAAACUAUGGAAUAACAUAAAUGGAACUAUGGGAAUUAUGUUGUGACUAAACAAAAUCCAAAAUAAAUCAAAACCGUUAUAUUUUAGCAUCUUCAAAGUAGUCACCCUUUGCCUAGAAUUAACAGACAUGUACUCUUGACAUUUUCUCAACCAACUUCUUGACGUAUCACCCUGGGAUGCUUUUUAAACAGAAUUGUAGGAGUUCCCAUCUAUGUUGGGCACUUAUUGGGUGCUUUUCUUUAUUAUUUGGUCCAAGUCAUAAAUUUCAAAAACGUAUUUUUUAUUUCAUUUUAUAAUGAAACCAAUUAAUAUGGUGGCACAACUAUAUUUUUGUGUACAAAACUAAUUUCAAACAUUUAAGCAAACGCCUUCAAAUCAGAAGAGAAACAUUUCAGUCAAGUGUUUUAAAACCUUGGACCGGUAGUGUGCAUAUAUGUAUGUGGGUAAAGGGUCGUAAAGUGGGUAAUUUCUUUCAAUGCAAUAAUAAUGUCCCUGUAAUGCAAUGCUCUAGAAAGCUCUCCGCCAAAGCUUUUUGUUCUGCUUUCCAUUUCUUUUAAAGCAUGUUGUGGGUCCAAAUUAUGUGUAUGGUCUGUGUGACACCUGAAUCUUUGAUGUGAGAUACAAUCAUUGUUAUAUAAUAACAUGCUUCAUUAUGUUUUGUGGUAUUCUUUGCACAAUAAAUUUAUAUUUAUUCUCUUGAAUUGUGGCAGUUAC